AACUCUUUACUCUUGUCAAAAACCCUCCAUCACUCCCUUACCGCCUCAUUGGUUCAUUCAUGUUCACAGCCAUUUCCGAUUUCCAUUUUUCCAAGUCAAUUCAUGCCGACAUAAUUAUCUCCAGCGCUGCACUUCUCCCAGAUCCAUUAUUUUCUUGUCCCUCCAAUAAGAGAGCUCGUACUUCAAGAAGGUUCCAGCGGGAGAAUCCAAACAUUUGAAGAGCAUGAGAUACAAUUUCGACUUGUCGGAGCCCUGCGACGACCACGACAGUGGCUGUCUAUCAGCAACGCCACCUUCAGCUUCAACACCCAAAGAAGAACUCGAAUGGCUACCCUUACAACAACACCCUGUCUUUUCUGCUCCUGACAGGGAUGACGCCUUCCAUUCCUCUACCUUCACAAUGCCUAAUAAUCUUUUGGCUUGGGAUGGAGCUUCUCGUCUCUACUUUUGGGACUCUCACAAAAGCUGUGUUCAUAGACUCUCUGUUCGAUUGGGCGAACCGGACCCUACUUCUGUUCUUGCAGCUUCUCCCUCUAAGGUACUGCAAGCGGAUGCGCAAUUGAAUUUUGAGGUCCAGCGAAUUUCCAUUAACAGAAAUGGAUCAGCUCUCUUCCUAGCUGGCUUGGAUGGUUUAUACGUCAUGUAUCUCUAUGGGAGGACUUCGACAAAAGAAAAUACAAUUAUAUGCCGGACAGUUUCAGUUGGUUCGGAGAUCUACUUUGACAGAAACAACUCAAUACGCACGUUGAAGGUUUCUUGGCACCCUUACAGUGACACUCAUCUGGGAAUCCUCUCUUCUGAUUCGGUUUUCAGGGUUUUUGAUCUGUCUUCGGCCCUUGGUCAGCCAGAGCAGGAGUAUUAUCUACAGCCUGUGGAGCCUGGCAGUUCGCACAAUGCUACAUCAAUCUGCCCUGUCGAUUUUUCUUUUGGGGGUGAUCAUAUGUGGGAUAGGUUCAGUGUUUUCCUCUUGUUUAGUGAUGGCUCAAUUUACAUCCUAUGUCCUGUUGUUCCAUUUGGAAGUGUGUACACAUGGGAAUCUGUACUGGAGUUAUAUAGUGAUGCUCAUAUGUUUGGUCUGAAAUCAUCGAAUUCAAAAGCUGUGAAAAACUCAAAUUUGGCAAUCUCUUGGUUGGAAGCAACAUUUUCUGAACUAACUCGGAAAGAAGUUCAUUCAGAAAAUGCUGCUGUUCUUAGAGCUCAGGCUUAUGCUUUAUUUGAUGCAUCAAUCUCGUUACAGGGGCCUUUACGUAAAGUAAGUCACGGCGUUGAAGAAGACUCAGUUCAUCCUCCAGUUUGUGAAGGGCGUGCUGUCAGUUUUCUUUAUGAUUUAGUUAGCAAAGAUUCUAUCCUAGUAACUGCUUGGAGUGGCGGGCAGUUGUGGAUAGAUGCUUUAGCUGAUGAAGUACAGCCUGUCUGGAAGGUUGGUAGCCCACCUCGGUUUUGUCUGGAUUCAACUGAUAGUAUAGUUGGCCUUGCAAUGAUUUGCGAGUCAUUGUCAAGUGACACCUCGAUUUUGAAGCUUGAUCUGCCACCUGAUCAUACCUUAUGGUUGGGCCAUCCACCUCCUCUUUUGAGAUUGGCUAUUGUCGAUUUAGCUCUGCCCAAAAGAAGCGGUUCUGUUAUAUCAAUGUCUGUUGAUCCCAUUAUUUCCGAAAGAAUAUAUUGCCUUCAUGAUGGAGGAAUUGAUUCAGUAGUGUUGCACUUUUUGCCUUUCACCAAUCAGACUCGUGGCAAAGAAGACACGAUGAGAAGUCCCUCUGUGCAUCCCGUUCUUAGCACUUUCCAAGGAGAAGUAUCCUCGCCCUCCCCACUUUCUGGUUUCUUGACUCUGUCAGAUUCUUUUGGAGAUUCAUGGAUUGUGGGUGUUACCCCUUCUAAUGAGUGCAUUGUGGUUGAGAUGGAGACUUGGAAUCCACUGCUUCCCCCAAUUAUCGAUAAGGUUGACAAACUCAUAGGUGCAGAAGUGCCAAAAGAUACAUAUACUUCUACUAUCAUAAGCAAAGAGCUCCUUACUGGGCCCAAGGUAGUUCUUUUGCCCCCUUCAUCGCCUCAUUUACGCUCAGUUGCUGCUGAUUCAAUUGAAGGCCGCUCAACGCUUCAUCAGUAUUUCAAGCUUUUUCAUGAAAACUAUGUGGAAUAUGCCCACAAGGUGUACUUUGAACUUCAGCAUCAUGCACCUCAUGUAAAGAAGAUCAUCGAUGACCAGCAUUCUCGACUGCACAAAGCACAGCAGAAGAUUUUGGAAGUUGAAAGUAAACAGGAAAAGAUAGAGGAUCGUGUUGAGCAUGCAGUUCAGUUUCACAGUGAGCUAGAAGAGCGCUUGCAAAGCCUGCGACACCUUCCGGCGGCACAUAAGAGGUCUCUAUCAAAAGCUGAACGAGAGUUCAAGUCUGAACUUGACAGAUUUAGGGGGGUGGAGUUGGAUGCUCUGCGCUCUUCUAUUGAAGCAGUAAAUGCUAGGUUGAAAAGAUACACACAUUCUCCACAGGCCAAUCGAUCGAAUGAACAUCGACAACUAUCAGUGAGGAGAAAAAGCCAUGUUCAAGAAAAUGAAAUGUCACUGCUUAAAGCAUCACUUGAAAAGCUCUCACUGGUGAACAGUGAAAAUGCAAAGAAGGUUAAAGUAGUUGAAUCGGCACUGAAAUGCCGCGAAAAAGGCACUUCAUGAUAUCACACCGGUUAUUGCCCUUAACUACAUAUUUAGGAUAGCAUGUUGAGUUUUGCUUCUGAUGCACAAGUCAAAAGUUGUUGGUGAUGUACCGCAAAGUCAGUUUUUUAAGCAGCUUGAUUGCCUUUGCCAUUUUCUAACUGGAAGAACUGACUGGUUAGUGUGUUCAUACCAGAAAUUAUUUCCGAAAUUUGGUUCUAAAGGCAUCAUUCUCUUGGGGGGGAAGAAGAAGAAGAUAAUUCUGUUUCUUUUGCCAUAUAAUUCUAUUAUUUUACUCAAGGUUUCAUAAGUUAGAUUAGUAGCAGUAUUGCUUAAAAGGAUGUCCGAGAAUGUCAGGGACGCUUAGAAGGAUGCUGGAAGCUGCCACGCAAUGUACAAUAGUCUUCAAGUUGAUCUAAAGGAAAGCACAAUUGUCUUCGAAAAGCUAAGCAUACACAUUUGUCCUCUAUCUACACCCCCUCCCAAAAUAAACCCAACCAAGGAGAGAAAAGAAUCAUUAGGGUGAAGUGGCUUACGAACCAUGAGGUAUCAGGUUCAAAUCCGAAUAGAGACAAACAGUAGGCAAUCUGUUCGCAUCUGUCCUAGCCUUGAGGAACAAAGUUAUCUGGUACUUGUUGCUGGUGGGAGGUGGCAUGUAUCCUGGGCAAUUAGUUGAGGUGCGUACAAGUUGGCCAAGACAUUGCGGUUAUCAAAAAAUAAAUAAAUCAGGGUGAACAUCUAAUUAAUAAGUUGGAAUCUCUCUGCGGAUGAUUACCCGCUAUAUAAAAGUGUGAAUGAUAGUGAGGGAAAUUAGAUGUCCUUAUAAUACAAUGUUGGUUUCUGACAAUAAACCUGGAUCAUUAUACGGUAACACUCAAAGGAACUGCAUAUCUAUGACUAGAAUUAGCAUUUUGUUGUAUUCAUUUAUCAUCAUCCUUUCUCCAUUAAACUGGAUUCUGAAAUAUCUGUUACUCCAAAAUUUUUUGGCUCAGAAUAGGUGGAAUGCUUCUUUCAAUUCCCAAUAGUUGAGUUUCGAUGCUUCGGCCAUUCAGGUGAAAGAAUGUCGGGACUAAUUUUCAAGGUGCACCUGUUCCAGGAGUGGCUAAAGAGUCCAUUUGAUGCAGUGGUAGGUUGUGCAAAUGUUGGACUGACUAAUCAACGUAAUAUUAAUUUCUCCCAGAUGCCCAUGCUUUGUGUUACAUGCCUUUUCUGUUUUCCUAUCCUUCCCUUGAUUCUUUUCUGAGGUGCGGGUGGUAGGGUGAGUUUGGAGUUGAGGAUGUCUUUCGAUGUGUAUUAAAAAAGAAGAAAAGCAAGAACCUACCUGUACAGCAAUAUGCAUGUUUCAGCAAGGAAAUAGGGAUUCUCUGACCUACUUGACUUUCUCUUAUGUUAUUUAGCAUAAUUCCGGAUGAGGAAAAGAGACAGACUGCUGCUUUCCUAUUUGAUCUUUUUAACGUUGAAGUGCUACUUUCAUAAUUUAGCAUAAGCACAGUUUGGGGCUUUGGGCUGAAAGCAAUAGCAGUAUUUUAAAGGCAACACGAGACAUUCUUGGCCUACGUUUAGAGUAUUUUCUUUGCUUGCUUUUGGUGCAACAUAACUUUUGCACAGGAUGUAAAUGCCAUUUUAGGUACUAGCUUAGUGCUGUUCUCUCUAUAACAAAAUUCUUUGUUACUUAUCAGGUGAGGUGAAGUAUAUCUGUAGUAGCCUCUUUUUUUUUUUUUAUUACUGAGAAAUUCGUCUACGGCCAACUCUUAGGACCAACGCCAGCCUUUGAAACUCGGUAUAAUGGGCUCGCUCCUCUACCCUUCUCCACUUAAAUACCUGGCUUGAUGCUAGUUUAUCUUGAAGUGACAAUAUGUCAGCAACAUUGUCCAUCUAGUCAAUAGUAUUCUCCUUCUCCACAUUGAUCAACCCACUUGCUUAAGCUAAAUGCCGUAGAGUCCGUUAAUCUGACCUGGAAGCUGAAGUGGGUUCAUGAUUCAUCAUUGGGGCAGUAUUUUUUCUUAACAGUACAUGGAAAUGUACGUUGCUAAUGCGGGAUGCUUUGUGCACCGGAUUGUGCGGGAUGCUUUGUGCACCGGAUUGUCUUUAGUACCUGAAAAUGUAGAUGGUGCUUGGCUGUCUAAAUCUGCCAAUUUGGCUCCUGAUCUGUUUUCGUUUGUGUUUGUCCUUUCUGUCUGUGCCUUUAUGUUUACAGUGGGGUUAUAAAAUAUCUCACAUAGAAUUCAUCAAGCGAUCAACUAUUCCUCUA